AAAAAUGUCGCGCAUUUAUCAACGACCUUGCAGUCUUGAUGAAUCUUAUGAGACAAUUGAUAUUGUCCCCAACAGUCCACCACCCUCUACAGUGAACAUCGACAGUGAUGUUCCAGUCAGCAAGAGAAGACAGCCACUGACAGACUCAGAGUUCCAGCAUUUCUUUGAUAGUGAUGGACGCCUCGUUGAUGAACAUGGUCUUAGAAAAGCCGUAUUUUUAGGUGGAAUUGAUCCGGCUAUUAGGAAGACCGUGUGGAAGUUUGUGUUUGGAUUAUAUCCCUGUACAUCCACAACCAGGGAGCGCGACACUAUUCUGCUGGACUACAUUGUCAAGUAUAAUGAACUAAAGUCGCGGUGGAAAAUUAUGUUGAUGGCUGCUGCUCCUCCCACAGCGUCGCCCAUUGAGCAGGGGCUCAUGGCAAGGUACCAGACUCCUGAGGGAAUGACUCCACCCUGCAGUCCUGAUUGGAGGCUAAGAGGGCCUCCUUUUCAAAAUGGAGACUGCUCUUUAGCCAAUCACAGCAUAAGUUUGUCGGGGUCAAUUGACCCAGCAUUGGUGGCUGGAACUGGCCUAGAUCAGGAAAUCAACAGCCCCGAGAUGAAGCAGAAAAUAGAGUUCAUAAAAUUACAAGCUCAGGUGUAUGUGAACCGGCAAAAGAUUGAUACCAAUGACCUGAAGACUCAUAUACGAGUUAUUGAUAAAGACGUUCCCAGGACUGACAGGGAUAUAGAAUAUUUCAAAGGUAGAAAUAAUCCUCAUCUGACUGAGCUUAGAGAAAUCCUGAUUACUUUGUCAGCUUACAAUCCAAAGCUGGGCUAUGCACAGGGAAUGAAUGAUAUUCUGUCUCGCUUUCUCUUCGUCAUGGACUCGGAGGUGGAGACGUAUUGGUGCUUUAAACAUUACAUGGAGAAGAUUGAAGAAGAAUUCUCAGAAGAUGGAAUGGUUAAGAAAAUAGACUUGGUGCGUAUGCUGUUGGGAGAAGUAGACCCAGCUCUGCUUCAGCACUUUGAAACUUAUGAUCUUGGAAACCUCUACUUCUGUCACAGGUGGCUGCUGUUGGGGUUCAAGCGCGAGUUCACAUUUGACGAUUCACUUCGAUGCUUUGAGAUCCUGUCUAGUCACCACUUAGAACUCUCCUCUCUGGAGGCAGAAAAAGCUUUGAUGAAAGAAGAACGACUAGAAUUUGAAAACACAGGGGGUGAUACCCGUACCACACAGCUGCCACAGAAGGAGUACACCUUUGAAGUGUUCAUGUGCGCCGCACUUCUCAUGGAAUUCCGCAGUGACCUCUUCAAGUGUACAGACACUGGGAUGGUCUUCACCUGUGUUAAUAGCCUCAAGAUUGAAUUGGACAAUAUUUUGACAAAGUCUGAAAGGUUGUUUUUCACCUAUUGUAAAAAGACUGUAGAAGACAGUUUCCACAUGGUAGAAAAAUCCAGCUGUUUCAGAUCACAAUCAUCAUCUUCACAGACACGCAGAUGAUUACAUCAUCUCCAUGAUUUCGUUGUGUUUUAAUGUCAGCUUUAAAAAAAAAACAUUUAUCCAGUGACACAGUCUUUCCUUGUCAGAUUGUGAAAACAGUGGUGCUUUUAUUGCCCGUUAUUACACACCGAGUACCUACGCCAAACGCUUUGAUUUAUCCAGUGUACUUUUUAGUGUGAAAGAAUGACGUUACACAUGGAGAGAGUGGGUAAUGACCAAAUGUACAAAAGGUAGCCAGUAAUAGCUUCUAAUUCUGUCUUGCACAGAACUCUUUUGUGAAUUUAGAGGUUGUGUCAGUGACAGACGUGCUUGAACAAUUCUCUGAUGGAAGCAUGCCAAAAAGUACCCACGACAACAUACAGGUUCCUAUAACUUCUCUUUUUAAAUUUUGAAGCUGGAAUGAGUUAAACAUGUAGAAUCUAAAUAAUUAACUUUUUCUUGCUUCAAAACCAGCACAAGAAUGUUUAUUUGUCAAUAUACAUGUAUUAUACAAAAACCACAAAAUUUAAAUGUUUUUUUGUUAGUGUUACCUAUAUGCAUAUGUGAUGUAAAUUAAUACACUGUUUCUUUUUUAUUUGUAUUUUAUUCCAAUCUAGUCAUAUGUAUUUUUUUCAAAGCAUUCACACCUUAAUGUUAGAAAAUGAUAUUGUUUGAAAGUUUAUUAUCAUUACUUUAUAUCCAUCGAGCAGAAUGCGGGACUUAGCCCAGUGGUAAAGCACUCGCUUGAUGCA